CGUGACUCCCGUUGUUUUGUGCCCUAGUCUGAUCUUCCUUCUUAUUUACUCUUCCCUUCCUUCUUAUUUACUCUUCCUUCCUCCUCUUUCAUCCCAUUGACCUCUUCUUCACUUUUGCCCUACUAUACACUUCUCUUUCUAUACUACAUCAUCCUCUCAAAUCCUUUCGCGUGACCUUCCUAUAUACCGUCAUCUCCUUUACUCUACCUCCUUGACCACCUCUGUCAUCCUCACGACCUGAUUCGUCGCGGCUCGAUAUAUAUACCCACCUUCUUUACUUUUUAUAAAGCUCGAAUCUCUUCUCUUACAGGUUGCCACACCUUGCUGUUUUAGAGCUCACCUCACAGGACACACAGGACAGAUCGAACCCUUUCGUAACCACUCACGAUACACUCGCACACGCAAUGUCUCCCAUGAUGUCCGACGGACCCGCAAUGGUCCUCUCUCCUCCCCAGGACCACACCUUCGGUCAAUUCCCUUCAGCCCUGCCUUUUGCCACGACCACUGGCCUCCCCAAUUCAGUUCCCUCGAAGCCCUCGCGCAAGAGGUCGCGUGACGAUGCCGGUUUCGAAGAGGCGAUGAAUGCUGCUCCCGUCGCUCCUGCACCUACCCCCGCGCCAAAACCCGUGGAAGAGCCCAUUUAUGGCGAGGGUAUGGUGCUGCUAAACCCUCGUACUGGACUAGCUGUGUCUGCGGAGAGUCAAACGGGUACUUGGUAUGAAGAGAAAUCUGAACAAUCAACUGCCGCUGCACCACCGGUUUCCUCGAGAUCCCAGACUGGCAUGUCUUCUGAUGUCCAGGGUCGCAAGUCUCAACGCCUGGAUCCUACCGCGCCCGGAUUAGACGAUAUUGCGCUUUCUACAAUGCAACAACGUCUGCAGAAUACGACUGACGACAACCGCUCGAGCCCUUCGCACCAAGAACCCCUGGUCGAUGACGCGACUCGUCUUCUCGGUAUCAGCUGGCAACGGAUUAACGUUAGCGACGACGACGACAUGGCCCCUGCCGUGCGCGGUUGGAAGAAGUACAUCGAUAACCAAUAUUCGAACUACCUCCAAAACUGUCAGAUCUUGAUGAAGAGUCGCGCUCUGAACGCGUUCCUCGUCGCGGCGCAGCCGGUGGCCCCUGCUUUUGGCACCGUCGCCAACUCGCCUGCUUACUACCUCUUCAACGAUGACCUCGACCAAGCCCGUCUUGUUGGCUCUACUUGGGAAACCUGUGUGCAGAACCUCCAAUCAUCACCCAUCGUCUUCGAAGGAGCUGAAACGCUCCAAGCCACCGAUAAGCGUUCGGACAACGGGUCCAUGCAAGCACCUCUCGGAACAAACACAAUGGAAGCUGGAGUGCCUCUUCUUCAGUCUCUUUCCGCUCAGCCGCAGCCAGUCGGUAAUGCUGGGUUUGGGGGAUUGAACGGUGAUGUGGGAACGGGGAUGGAGGUCGACUCGUAACGCAUCGCGUUUUACCCCUAGCGACCAACCGGCGCCGUUUCCGUCGACAUUUUCGUUGCUAUCUCGUUUUCUUGCUCAUGAUCUUUCCGCCAGUUCCAGCCUCUGCGGACUUUGUUAACAUUUUACCAGUAAUCUCGCUACUCGGAGUUUGUUACAUUAUUGUCUUUUAUUUCUCCUAUCUGCUGUUGCUAUAUUUACCAGUGAUUCGCGUUUCUCGUUUCCUUUUUCGUUCUCGACCGUCCUCGACACCGACUCGACUCGACAUUCGGUCUUCUUUUCUUCUCUCGGCUUCACCUCUUAUCUUUGCUUUUCUUUGCAUUGUUUGCGUUUUGCGGUUGUUGUGUAUGAGUAUGGUCUGUUUUAUUCGUUUUAUUAUUUUCUUGUGAUGAGCUUAUCUGUUAAAUAUUUCUGUGCAUUUGCCAUUUGAAAAAGCGAAACAAAGAGAGAAAGAAAUGAGAAAUGAGAAAAAAAAAA